AUGGACAAAUCUAGUCGCUACUUGUCCAAUUUUCCUUCUUUAGUUAAUUACUCAGCAUGGGCCGUUAAUCAUAUUCAUUUCUUAAUUAUAAGGAUCAUGGUUUUGACUAACUGUAAAUUAGUUCUCCUAAAAAUGAACUUAUAUGUUCAGGGGCAAUCUCCAGCCCCAAAAAUUCGAGAAUAUUUUUAUUAUAUCGAUCACCAAGGACAGUUGUUUUUAGAUGACAUCAAGAUCAAGAACUUUGUUACCAGCUACAAAGAUAAGAAAUUUCUGCAAUUCUUCUUUAAACGUAUUCGAAUUAACAAUACUGAAAGAUAUCAGGAAGAAUUUCCUUUCAUAUCGCCAUGUGGAAGAGAGAUUAAUUAUAUCAGAUGCGACGACGUACCUAUUGUAUUUACGCAUUUGAUUGAAGAAAGCCUUUCCGAUAUAAGUAAAAUAAAGAAAAGUAAAUAUCCUGCUACUAACUUCUUAUCAUAUGCCGGUUCUUCACUAUCUGUUCCUUUUUCACCAAGAAAACUAUGUAUGUUACCUAAAAGUGGGAGAAUUUAUCAUCCAGCACCACGUAGUGUAGGACGUGUUGGGUUAAUUAAGUCAAGUUUAGCUAUAGAGAUCAGUUCUGGUUUUCGAUAUGACAAGAAAUCCGAUGAAAACUCACCCCCGUCAGUUUUCUUUCAUCAAGGUAUUGAAUAUGAUCUAGAUAAUGAAAUUUUGAAAUACUUGCCUAAUGACAGUGUCCCAGAAUCGGAAAAUACCCUGUGA